AUAAUUAGUUAAUUACUUUGCCAUCCUCUCUCUCUCCAACGACGACGACGUCGACGAUCACCACCGCCACCACAAGGGACAGCAGAACGACGUCGUUUGCAACAACAAAGAUCCACUUCUGCAUUCGCUUCGUCUCCUUCUAUACUACGGAUUCCGAUUCCGCUCUAUCUGCGUAAGCACAAUUCGAUCCCGUUCUCGUGUCCAAGCUUUCUGGCAUAUCCCCGGUAAAAAAUCCCCGAUCAUUUCGGGAACAUCAAUAGUCAUUUCCUCUUUACUUACCCUAGAAACGACUAUAAUAUUCUAUUGUUCAUAUAUCUGUUAUUUCUGCUCCGGAUUUUGGGUUUCUGAUCAGGAACUGUGAACAUCAAGGGCUUUACAGGGGAAGGUUGGGUUGCAUCACUGAAGAGUUGUGGAUUAUUUUUGGUGGGGAAUUAGGGCUUUCCAGGGAGGUUUAAGGAAUCCCUAGGGUUUAUAUUGGGGCAGUGAAAUGCUAGAGUCCAUGAUUUGGCUGUGAUUAUUGAUUGUUUAGAAUUGUAAGGUAAUUAGGAUUUGUGAUUGAGGUUGUUUGGGCGUAUGAUGGAAGAUUGAGAAAUGGUGCGGCUUCUUGGACUGACUCGCGGGUGGUCGGAUGAGUUGCCUCGUGAGAUCACCUCACGGAUCAAUCGAACGAGUGAUACCGGUGAAAAUGGGUGGCUCAUUCGAUUUUUUGACUCUGCGUUCUUCUGUGAGUGGAUUGCCGUCAGCUAUUUGUACAAGCAUGACCACUCUGGAGUCCGGGAUUACCUCUGUAAUCGAAUGUACACUCUACCCUUACCAGGGAUUGAGAGCUAUUUGUUCCAAAUUUGUUACAUGAUGGUGCACAAGCCGAGUCCGUCUUUGGAUAAGUUUGUCAUUGAUAUUUGCUCAAAAUCAUUGAAGAUAGCUUUGAAGGUGCAUUGGUUUCUAAUGGCAGAGAUUGAGGAUUCAGAUGAUAAUGAAGGGAUUGGCAGGAUUCAAGAGAAGUGCCAGAUUGCCGCGACCUUGAUGGGUGAAUGGCCUCCCUUGAAACAGCCUCAAAAUGUGCCAUCGAGCCCUGGAAGCAAGAACAUGGUUUUGAAUAAGCUACUAUCAUCAAAACAGCGGUUGUUCUCUCUAACAUCUUCACCGCCCAUCCAGAAGUCUGUCUCAUUCUCGCCUUCUUCGGGAAACAAUCCACAACAGGAUGGCAGUCAAUUAUCUUCUGAGGAUAACAAUAUCUUAAAGAAAUUUCUUCCAAGUCCAAAGGUUCGAGAUGCUUUUCUAUUCAGGAAGUCCACAGAGAAAGAUGAUGACGACUCAGAAAAGGAUGGGUUCUUUAAGAGGCUUUUGAGGGACAGUAGAGGUGAGGAUGAGAUGGGUUCAAAGGUUCGAGAUAUGUUGCUUUUCAGGAAGUCGACGGAGAAAGACGAUGAUGAUUCCGAAAAGGAUGGGUUCUUUAAGCGGCUUUUGAGGGACAGCAGAGGUGACGAUGAGGAGUCGACGUCAAGUUCUGAGAGUUUUUUAAAGAGGUUGUUUCGUGAUAGCAAGAGUGACUCUGAGGAUAAACCGGUUUCCAAGUCGGUGGAAGAUGAUGAAAAAGAAGGCUUCUUUCGUAAGUUUUUCAAAGACAAGUUUGAUGACAAGAAGGAGGGGAAUGACAGGAAGGGAGAUGAAGAUAUUGUCAAAUAUGGUGAUAAAUGUUCCAAAUCUGUUGAAGAUGAUGAAAAAGAGGGUAUCUUUCGGAAAUUUUUUAAAGAUAAAUUUGAGGACAAGAAAGAUGCGAAUGAUAAAAUUGAUGAGUGUAGUGCCAAUUGUGAGGAAGAAGAGGCUUCUGACUUUUCCUUGUUCCGAAGAUUGUUUCGCGUGCAUCCUGAAGAUUCCAAAAUUACUGCAGAUAAUGAAAUCAGCAAUGGUGGUAGCUUGCUUGAAAAUAGUCCAGGAACUGAGAGUUUUUUCCGCAAAUUGUUUAGAGAUCGUGACCGUACAGUGGAAGACUCGGAGCUGUUUGGUUCAAAGAAGCACAAAGAGAAACAUCCUGGUUCACCAAAGCACUGGAGUGAGAAGUCAAAUGCCAAGCCCCCACUUCCAAAUAAUAAUGCAUCACAGUUCCGAAAAGGGACAUAUCAUGAGUCAUUGGACUUUGUGCAUUCAUUAUGUGAGACAUCAUAUGGCUUGGUUGAUGUAUUUCCAACUGAAGAUCGCAAAAGUGCUCUUCGUGAGUCUCUCAUAGAGACCAAUUUGCAUGUGGCUGAGGCUCAAAAUAGUGGAGGAGUUUGCUUCCCAAUGGGAAGGGGGAUGUAUCGUGUGGUUCAUAUACCUGAAGAUGAAGCUGUUCUUUUGAAUUCAAGGGAAAAGGCACCUUAUCUGAUAUGUGUUGAAGUUUUGAAAAGUGAUAUGCCAAGCAAUACAAAGGACACGUCUGGUGCACAAAAGCUUUCUAGAGGAGGAAUACCACUGGCAAGUGGGGAUGCACUAUUGCCAAAGCCCCCUCCUUGGGCUUAUCCAUUGUGGACUGCCCAGGAGGCUUAUCGUAAUAGUAAUGAUAGAAUGUCAAGCUCAACUGCUCAAGCAAUUGACCAAGCAAUGACACACACCUCAGAGGCAAAAAUGAAAAUUGUCAAUGUGAGUCUUUCUGUAGAGAAGCAAUUUUCCAGCCAGAUGGAGAGCAUUGAACACAGUAGCAUCCAUUGUGGUAGUCUACAGUCUAUUUCAGCUUCUGCCAGUGGUGUGUCAGGGAGUUAUCAAGGUGGCAAACGAGCGAAUCACUCAUCAAGAGUAGCACAAAUUAAUGAUUUGGAGUGGGUAAGGGUAGUGCUGACAGCAGAUCCAGGGGUUAGAAUGGAAGACAUUGAGGAUCAAGGACCAACACGGCGGAAGGAACACCGCCGUGUUCCAAGUACAGUAGCUAUAGAGGCAGUAAAGGCUGCUGCUGCGAAAGGAGAAGCACCUCCCGGGCUCCCUCUGAAAGGUGCUGGUCAAGACUCAACUGAUUCACAGCCACCGGUUAAUGGCGGCUCUCCCAAGGCUGGUGAUGCCUUAUCUGGCGAACUUUGGGAGGUAAAGAGAGAAAGGAUACGCAGAGCUUCAGUGUAUGGAAAUAUACCUGGUUGGGAUUUGCGCUCUGUUAUUGUGAAGAGUGGUGAUGAUUGUAGGCAAGAACAUCUUGCCGUGCAACUUAUUUCUCACUUUUAUGAUAUAUUCCAAGAGGCUGGCCUCCCCCUUUGGUUGCGGCCUUAUGAAGUUCUAGUUACUUCUUCAUACACAGCUCUGAUUGAAACAAUUCCAGAUACGGCGUCACUUCAUUCUAUAAAGAGUAGGUAUCCAAACAUUUCAAGUUUACGUGAGUUCUUCAUUUCCAAGUAUGAAGAAAACUCUCCAAGUUUUAAGCUUGCCCAGAGAAAUUUUGUUGAAAGUAUGGCUGGAUAUUCCCUUGUAUGCUACCUUCUGCAGGUGAAGGAUCGGCACAAUGGGAACCUCUUAUUGGAUGAAGAAGGUCAUAUCAUACAUAUUGAUUUUGGCUUCAUGCUUUCCAAUUCACCUGGUGGUGUCAAUUUCGAGAGUGCACCUUUCAAAUUAACCCGCGAACUUCUUGAGGUCAUGGAUUCUGAUGCUGAGGGAGUUCCAAGCGAGUUCUUCGAUUAUUUCAAGGUCUUAUGCAUUCAAGGCUUUCUUACAUGUCGAAAGCAUGCUGAGCAAAUUAUCCUUCUUGUGGAGAUGUUGCAGGACUCUGGCUUCCCUUGCUUUAAAGGUGGUCCACGAACAAUACAGAACCUAAGGAAACGAUUCCAUUUAAGUGUAACAGAAGAGCAAUGUGUGUCAGUGGUGCUUUCCCUGAUAAGCAGCAGCUUAGAUGCAUGGCGGACUAGGCAGUAUGAUUAUUAUCAAAGGGUUUUGAAUGGAAUAUUAUGAAAUCGAAGGUCAACACCUGCAUGGUUGCCCCAUUUGAAAAGACCAGCUCAGUUUAGGAGCUCUGAUUAAAAUUGCAUGUCAGCCACCGUGUGAUGUAUGGCCAUUUUGGUUAUUGUGGGAUGCCUGUAGGGUUUUCUUGGAGGUAAAAGAGUUAAUGGUAGUUCAUGGCCUCCUUUUUCUUUUUCUUUUUUGCUGGCUGUGAGGAAUUUAUAACUGUAUGGGCAGAAUAUUUCUCAGAAGUCUUGCAGGUGCAUUUUUCUUCAACAGGGCUUGCUUUUUUUUUUUUUUUUAAUUUUUAAUUUUAGCGGUCCUAACCUUCAUGGGGAAGAACACACACUGUACAGAGCUACUCCAGUGGAAAGGACAGGUCAGAGAUCAAAUCUCUACAGAAAUUAAAAAGAAGGCCCCGGAAAAUACCAAGCUCUGAGUACAGUUGCCGCAGAUGGAUUUUCCGGCGGUUGCAAUUGCUACAUGUUUUGCACUGGUUAGUGAUCCAAAGCAUUCGUUCGGGCAUGGUUCUUCUGGCAUCUUUGGCUUCCAUCUGCUGUGGAUAUCAUCUUUUCGAUUAAAAGCAUGGGACUAGAUUCAACAUUUGAAUGGUGGUCUGCUGUUCCCGGAGUUUGUGAUUAUGGUUUCAAAGUUGUGUUGGAAUAUUCUUGGAAAAAAGAGUGUAAUGAAUGUAUCAUGUACAACUUAUCCAUUUUUCUUCUAUAGUGAUUUUUUUUUUUUCUUUUUUGUUGCAACUUAUUACGUAUAAAGCAAAUUGGUGGCAUUGAUCUUUGAUCAACCUUUGCAUCAAUUCA